AUGGCUCAAUGUUACUGCGAUAAAGAGUGUUCAACUUUCGGUGAUUGUUGCUUAGAUAAAAUAAAUAAACAUAAGAAUUGGUCGACCAAGGAAAGUCCAUUGGUCUGUACAUCACUAUCCUUCAAUCAGAGUGUGUUUACUGUUUCUAAUUGUGAUUUUGGCUGUCGAAAAUGUAAGAAAAACUGUGAAAAGACCGUCGAACUUGAUGAUUACCAUUAUAUCUUGGAUAUUCCAGUAUUCUCCAACCGUUCUGGGCUUUAUUAUGGCAAUAUAUAUUGUGCCCAUUGCCACCACCAACUGGACGCAGUUCGUUAUCCAAGAGUUACCAUUGCUUGUACUUCAAAUAUCACCAUCGAGAAGCUAACCAAUAUCGGAGUAUACCAGCCAGGAAAGCUCCACUGGAAAGUCGGAAAGGGUCAUUGUAGUUUAUAUGUUCAUGACGAAUCCCAAAAAGGAAGGAAAUGUUUACGUUCAAUCACAAAUUGUAGGAUGGAUUCCAACGCUGAUACCAAAGCAAAGUGCAGAUCCUACUCUUAUCCAGUCACAGUUGCAGAUAAGUUGUACCGCAAUCCACACUGCGCAAUGUGCAAUGGGGUCAAGAUAUCAGAUCUACAAUGUGAUCGAGCUAAGAAAACUGAAAUAUUCGAAAAUCAGAAGAUCAUUCUAGAUUUUAAGUGGAAAUUCGAAAGAUGUAACAACACCCCAGAAAUCGUAUGGGAUAACAUUGAGGAUGAAGAUCAGGAAAAUAGACUAUUAUAUUUUGCGUACAUGUUUAUUGGUGUCAUUGGCGUGCUUGCUGAUGCAUAUGUUCACGUCAUUCUUCAUUCCACACCGAAAAAAUGUAUCGAGCAAACUCCUUGA